AUGCAAAGUUCUUGGAUAUGUCUGUUUCUCACAGCCGCUGUCUCCGCCUUGACAGUGUUUCCAUCUACUGACCGCGAAUCGCACGUUCGCCUUCACACACUGCCACAAUUCCGGCCGCCGCUUCUCAACGUUACUGUAUACGAUCAGGAAAAAGUGUCUCCCGGCUACAUUUUUGUUGGGCCAUACUCCCAAUUAGCUGCCAAACAGAUCACCGACCUUGCUGAGGCAUAUACGACUGGUCCGACCAUAUUUGAUAGUACUGGGCAAUUGAUAUGGGUGGGUUCCACCAUCUUCCCUGGCCGGGAUGCCUAUGACUUCAAGACUGUAACGAUUCGAGGCGAGACUAUGCUAUCAUACAUCAUUUCACCUAAUGAGUUCUAUCCCGAUCAUCCACAAGGAAAGGCUGUCCUCGUAAACGACAGAUUCGAGCUUGUCAACACGACCUUACCUUUAUUCGACACCCCAGAGAUCAACAUCCAUGAAUACAGGGUUAUUGAUGACGGCUUAUCUGUUCUCAUGCUCUAUUCUGAGCCGGUUCUGGUCAACAAGACAUGGAUUCAGGAUGAUGGGAUUGCUGAGGUCAAUCUAACCAGCGGUGCAACUUUGUUUCGCUGGAGUGCUUUGGAACAUAUUCCCCUAAACGCAUCAAACUUCCACCUUCCGAAAGUAGGCUCGACAACACAGAAACGAGGUUUCGAUUGGUUUCAUGCAAAUUCGAUAGAUAAGAACGCAGAUGGUGAUUACCUGCUUUCAUCUCGGCAUGCUAGUAGUAUAUACAAGAUCUCAGGCUCUGAUGGAUCUGUCAUGUGGGAACUAAGCGGGAAGAGCCAUGAUAUCGAUCAUUCGAACGGCUUCAACUUCUCCUGGCAGCACGACGCCAGAUUCCGGUACGAAGACAAAACGAAAACCAUCAUAUCCUUCUUUGACAAUGCCGGAGUUGGCAUCAACGAGGAAGGUAAGACGACUGGAAACUGGAGUCGUGCAGUGGUUGUCGAGCUCAACACGUCUGUCAAGCCCAUGACGACUCGCGUCCUCCAUAGCUAUGACCGACCCGACCAUCAAAUCUCCAUUGCGAGAGGCAACACGCAGACGCUUCCAAACGACAACGUGUUCAUUGGAUGGGCUACUCAUGGUCUCAUCAGCGAACUCACUCUAGAUGGUACUCCAGUCAUGGAAGCCAAAUUUCAAGACGGGACGAUGAGCACAUACCGCUCCUACAAGUUCAACUUCACCGGCAAGCCACACCUACCACCAGUAGUGAAAUCCAUAGUGCAUGGCACGUCACCAAAGACUGCAAACACUUUUCACUACUUUAGUUGGAAUGGCGCUACCGAGGUCCGUUCGUGGAAUAUCUAUGGCGCCUCGAAGAAUGAUUCAGGCAGCUUCUCACUCCUGGCGAGUGUAGAGAAGACGGACUUUGAAACUAUGUUCAUGACAACAGGUUUUAUGGCGUUUGUGUAUGUUGAAGCUGUCGGCGUUGAUGGCAUCAUGAUGCGCAAGUCAAUACCCACAGCAUCAGAAGUUCCUCGUACUUGGAUAGGCACUUUUUGCACACCCGAUGGGGUUUGCAAUAUCAAAGAACACGAUGGAUCCAAUGGCAAGUCUGGAGCAGCCGAAGACUCUAGCGCGCAGUCGCAAGAUGACAAAUAUGCCAGUCUCACUCCAAUUGGAGACGAUUCUGUCGGGAACAUCCACCCUGGACAUGUUCCUGGCCCGCACCCAUUACACAGAGUCAUGGAGGAUAGAGCGCUCAUAUCUGGCAUUGGAUUAAUGAUCGUGUUGGUUCUUGUAUAUUUUCUCACGAGAUUCUACAGGAGACGCAAUACAGUGCGUUAUCAGCACGUAGAAUAG